AUGCUUCGUAAGUAUGUCAAUGGUGCUAUUCAUCGCUGGGAUGACUUUGUGAAUGCGGCUUUGUGGGCAAGUCGAAUUCGAGUGCACUCAACAACAGGCUUUUCCCCUUAUUACUUGGUGUAUGGACGUGAACCUAGACUGCCUGGAGAUGUUUUGAGACCCUAUAUCACCAAGGAAAUGCUGUUGGACAAACGAACGGUAGCUGACCUAACCUCGCGUGAACUAGAACUACUUGGUCAACAUCGUGCUGCUGCUGAAUUUCGUUUGAAAGCCAUGAGCGAAGCGGACAAGAAGCGUUGGGAUGCCAAGAUUAAACCCACGCACUUCGAAAUGGGUGAUAUGGUUAUGCUGACUCAUGAAGGCAAAUUUGGCCUAGAACCUCGCUACAAAGGACCCUACAUUGUGACAAAGGUGUUCCCUGAUUUUGGUACUUAUCAACUGGAAACUAUUGCUGGUGAACCAUUGCAAUCGUUAGUACAUGUGGACAGAUUGAAAGCAGCGAAAGGUGACAAACCCAGGGAGCCAUGGUAUGAUCCUACUACUAGUCGUCGUGCUGUUCGUGAAGCCGAUUCUCUUCGUAUGGCCUCAAAUACUAGUUCCACUGACCCCAAUGGUACCACUGCUACUUCCUCUUCACCAUCACCUUCGAUUUUCUCAUCAAACCCAAGUCUAAAUCAACCUCAAGAUGAUUUUAUCGACAUGCCAAUUUCUGAUCAGAGCACGCCAAACAACAGCUCCACUACACAACCUACUACCACUAAUAAACCGCCAACUCACUCUCAAUAUCAUCACAUACUUACACAACAAAUAUCAGAUGAGGAUAGCUCUCUACAUGGGAGUAGUGUGAUGGAUGAAACAGAGGACAACGAACGUGGAUUGGGUCAAAUCAUGGAUGGAUACGACUUUUUGUCAUCUACUGAUAGCGAUAUUGAAGACACAGAUCAACCACCAACACUAUCCCCACCACAUACCAUGUCUCCACCACCAUCUCCUUCUACAGAAUUGUCUUAUUUGUCAUCUCAGUCUACAGUAUCGAAUAUAAGUAGUGGUGAUGCAGCAAUAAUCAAUGAAACAGUCAGUGUUGAUACAGGUCUUGAACUGGAUGAGCGUGUAUCAGAGCCAGAAAACACAGAAAUGGUGCCAGGUCUUCGAAAUGAACCUCAUGUUGUUUCUCCUGCCAGCCCACCUUCCGUUAUUCAAGCUACUCCAGAACCUGAUUCCACUACUACUGUGAAUUUUUUCCCUCCUGCUGCUACAAACCAAACUCCCAUUGCACUUACUUCUCGUCCUGGGCCACCAAAAAGUACUUUUGUCUUCAAAACUCCUGCCAUUCCAAAGAUCCACACGCAAAAUGAGACCACCCAACCUGCAAAAAUCGUCGAUCUCUCUUCUCAUAUGCCAAACACUGCCACUGGUUCAUCAAGUUCAAGUGAUGUUCAGGGUCGAACAUUUGUCUCGAAGGGGGGUGAUGUCAGGGUUGAAGGGUAUUCUGACAGUGAUUUAGAUCUGCAGGAUAUCAUUGACAGACUAAACACAAACAAGAAUAAGAAGCGCAGGUUUAAACCUAGAGCGCCAGCUACCAGGAACAUUAAACAGCGAUUAACCUGGAUAGCGCACAACAUUACACAAACUAUAUUGGAUAAAAUCAAUGUUCAAAUCUAA